GUUUGCCAUCACAGCGGUCGAAGAAAAUAUGCAGGCAAAAGUUCUCUUCCGCACGUAUAGGCAUUCCAACAAUAUUGCUUCCAACGCGACAGUGAUAGAAGCAAUGAUGGCAACUUGCGCGCUUGUGCCAUACUUCGAACCAAUAUCCAUUGGAACGGGCUUUCAGCGAAAGAGUCAUAUUGCGGGACCACUCUCGUGCAUUAAUCCUGUUCGUGAAGUCAUGAGCGAGGCAUACAACUCGUCUCCUAAUCCUAGUAGCGAGUAUGUAGCUGCCCUGGUCAGCUUGGGUGCUGGUCAUCCGGAGCUAUGGCAGGGCGAAAAACUACUCGAUCCAGAAUUCAUAAUAUCUCAAGCAGUUUCAUGUUGCGCGUAUCCCGAAAUAGAGGAGCAGAUCAAAAAUUGCGCCAACUCCCUAAAGUCAGGACUAGGUAUUGCGACUCUAGAACAGCUGACAAUCAGUCCAAACUUCGUAAUGAGAGACGAGCCAUGGGGCCGACUAAUGGAGGCUCUGACGGAACGCGUUUAUCCUCCUAUUCAGAAGGUUGUAGUGGUUUCUGGAAUGGCGGGAUACGGUAAAACGCAAUUAUGUGCAAAUUUUGAACAUGUUUUAUCGAUCGAUGGGAGCUCGGUAGCGAGUAUUCAAGCCGAUUUAGUCGCACAUGUGCGGAGUAUUGGGCCAGAAUAUUCGCAGGCAUCUUUAGCAGAGGCACUUCGUUUUCUCUGUGACCGUCGCAACCAAAAUUGGUUCCUCUUCAUCGAUAACGCCGACAAUGAAAACUGGGAUCUGUCUUCUUAUAUUCCAGACUGUAACCAUGGGUUUAUUCUGGUCACCACACGCAACCGACACCUGGGUUCUUUCGCCUCCAAACCGGAGUGGCAUAUCGAGCUGGAUGUAAUGUCUAAUGAAGAAGCUCUCUCGGUUCUUAAGCACGGGAAGAUAUCCACAUCUAACGAGGACGAGCAGUUUCUUCCCAAGGUUGCUGCAGAACUGGGGUAUCUUCCAGUCGCGCUUUCUCAAGCCCGCGCGUAUAUGCAAGAGAACCGAUGUAGUGCAAGGGAAUAUCUCGAUCUUUUCAAGACUAGUCGUGGAAAUCUAUUGAACUAUAACAGUCAAGAGCGACAGAGAGCUAACGCGUUCACCUCGUUCUCUAUGUCAUUCAAUCGACUCCCCGGGAAAGCUAAGAAAUUUCUAUACAUACUAUCCCACUACCACUUCAUCGAUUUCCCUCUACAAGCGUUCGCCCUGGCGGCCCAGUCGCAGUUCAAAUUGGAACCACAUGCCCUUCUAUCGCGCAAUGGCCCAAGUUUAGAGUCCAUCAUUCACCUCAGGUACAUCUUCUUCACCGAGGAAAGGUGGACGAGCAGUAGUCAGCAUGAGAUCAUGCGUGCCUUACAGAAUUAUUCAAUGAUUUCAUUCUCGUCGGGCUUCAAAACUGAUCUCUUCCGGAUGCAUCCGUUAUUUCGCGACUGGCUAUUCGAUAACAUCCCGGCUGACCACCGUGCUCUAUCUCUCGCUGCUGCUACCAGGGUCCUGGUGUGCAACUGGGGGACACGUUGGAUGCAACCCUAUCUCGUCCCUCACAUUAUGCAUAUUGUCUCCUUGAAAUUCAUGGAAAAUAUGCAUGUUAACGAUGCGGCAGCUCUUGGCCGAGUCUUACGCGAGGGCGAUCAGCUCAAAGUCAGCAAGAAAGUGUGGAAGGAAGUCUAUAAACGUAUCGAGAAAGUACAAGGUAGCUCUGGGAUGGGAGUUGCAGAUGCUGCACUUGAGCUAGCACACACGUAUCUUGACGAUCCGGUGAGGAUGAAGGAGCUGAGAAGUCAGGCACUGGCGAUUUACCAAGAUACCCUGGGAACGAAUCACGAGAAGACCUACUCUGCACGGGAUUCUUUGGCAAGCACGUACGAACAAAUGACGAAAUUCAGCGAGGCCGAAAAGAUCAAGCGUGAGGUCUUGAAAUGGCGAACCGAGAAAAAUGGAGAAAUGCACGUUGCGACUCUAGAUUCAAUGCAAUCUCUUGCAAACAACUACCAAUUGCAAGGUAAAUACGAGGAUGCAAAAACCCUAUGGAUGAAAGUCUUAAACAGCCGGUCAGCGUUACUAGGAGCCCAACAUAUCGAUACAGUCCGCGCCAUUUAUGGACUUGGAUGCACCUAUCAUAGUCAAGAAGAGUAUCACCAGGCAGAGAGCUGUAUACUGAAUGCUUUAUCAAUAAGAAAGCGCACAAUGGGUGAAGACCAUAACGAUACUCUCCAGGCCAUGGAAGAGCUUGCAUUGAUAUGCUGUUCUUUGCAAAAGUAUGAUCAAGCAAGGCAAUUGCAAGAGAAGAUCUUGUCGGUACGGAGAUGUCGGCUAGGCGAUGACCAUGCAGAUACACUGCGAGCAAUGUCUCAUCUCGUAUCUACAUAUCGCUCUCUUGGGGAGAAAACGGAAUUAGAGAAGCUCGAAUUGGAUAUUUGCGAAAUUACUGCUCGACAACUCGCCAAGAAGAAUCGCGUCAAACUACCCGAAGCUGACCCACAAAUGUCGAAUACAGCAGAGCAAACUACUGCGCCCUCAACGAUAUCUAACGAUGCGAUCAAAGAAGAAGAGUCAACUAUCAACCCUACAUUGAUAGACAUUCCAGCAUCAGGGGUGCCUACCGAACCCACUCAGACGGUCUCCGACCAAGUUACUGAAUCAGUUAAACCGGGGAACCAAACCCAAGAGUUAGCUUCUGAGCAGAAUAAAAGCACUCGACAACGAGACGAGCCCCGGCAACUGCGUCCCCUAAAACUAGUGGAAGCCCGUCGGCAAAGGGCGCAAUUCACGUCACCUCCGGUGCCGCACCAAGAACCGAUCAAGAGUGUCAAAUCGAGAACUAGGGAUGCCGCAGUAUCGGAGCAGAACCCCAGAGUAAGGCCAGUCGCCUCUAAGACGGCUGUUUCUACAAUAGAGACCGCAACCACUAGUGCACGUGUCAAACGGGCAGCACCAUCGCAACCGCAAACAAACAAUGAAAAUAGCAACGGUCUUUGGUCUGGGACGCAGAGGAUUGCAGCUCCAGCGCUGCACGCCUCAGCAAUACAGGCAGGUUCUCAAAGAGCAGCAAAUGCAACGAAGACUUCUGCAUCGGGAGAACGAGUGGUCGAAACAGCCUCAUGUGUACCCCAGCGUCAAAUCGUUAGCUCCUCCAUGCAGCAUCCUACGAUUGCACACUUCCUGGCAGGCGCUUUCGCUUUGGGCCUUUUCUCUUGGUUAGGAAUCGUUUGA